UCCGUCUCCCAGUCUCUCACUCCCCUUUCCACCGUCAACCAUGACCACGAUCACCACUCCCGUCACCGAGCUCUUCGGCAUUAAGCACCCCAUCCUCCUCGCAGGAAUGAACGUCGCCGCUGGCCCCGAGCUCGCGGCUGCGGUCACGAACGCAGGUGGGCUUGGUGUCAUUGGUGGUCUCGGAUACACCCCCAAGAUCUUGAGGCAGCAAAUACGCGCCAUCAAGGCUGACCUCAAGGACAAGAACGCGCCCUUCGGUGUCGAUCUGCUCCUUCCCCAGGUCGGGGGUAACGCUCGGAAGACCAACUAUGACUACACGAAGGGUCAACUCGACGAGCUCAUUGAUGUGAUCAUCGACGAGAAGACCACGCUCUUCGUCUGCGCAGUCGGUGUUCCGCCCAAGCACGUCGUCGAGCGUUUGCAUAAGGCAGGCAUCUUCGUCAUGAACAUGGUCGGUCACCCGAAGCACGUUCAGAAGGCCCUUGACGUUGGCGUCGACAUCAUCUGCGCGCAAGCCGGCGAGGGAGGAGGCCACACCGGCGAUGUUCCGGCUAGCAUCCUCAUACCCGCCUGCGUGGACGCCGUCAAGGGCCGGACAUCGCCAUUGAACGGCAAGCCCAUCUAUGUGAUCGGUGCUGGCGCCGUUUACGAUGGCAGAUCACUUGCCGCUAACCUCAUGUGGGGUGCCCAGGCUGUCUGGGUUGGUACUCGGUUCGUCGCCGCCGUUGAGGCCGGCGCACCGAAGAUCCACAAGGACCUGGUGGUGAAGAGCGGUAUUGAGGACAACGCGCGCACGCUCAUCUACACUGGUCGGCCGUUGCGAGUGUAUAAGACUGACUACGUUGAGGACUGGGAAACCAACCGCCAGGCCGAGAUAAAGGAGCUCACCUCAAAGGGUAUCAUCCCGCACAUUCAGGAGAUCGAGCAGCACCCUGAGAAGAGUGCGUCGACGCGGCCAUGGCUUAUGGGCCGUGUCGCCGCUUUGAUCAACGACAUCAAGCCGGCCCAGCAAAUCGUCGAUGACAUGGUCCGCGAGGCUAUCGAGCAGCUGAACAAGGGCGCGUCCUUUGUCCAGGCGAAGUCGAAGCUCUAAUUUAGGGCAGUAGUAUCUAUCCAUCGUGCCCAGUCAUCGGCCGGUGGUAGGACUUGUGAGAGACGGAGGACUCGGGAAGGGAUAUCUGUAUCAUUAUAGCACAUCCACAUACCUAGCGUGACAAUUCAUUGCGGUAUACUGCCAA